AUGCAUGACCUAGUGCAUGAUCUCGCAAAAGAGAUCUUGGCCCAUCAAAUUAACACUGUGGGAAUCAAAUGCCGCUAUGCAUUGCUCACAGAUUGUAGCAAGUCAUUGGAGUUGUCCGUGAAGUUUCCUGCAACCUUAAAGGUGCUACAUUUUCGGGACUGUGGCAAACGAGAACUUUGUGGUGAUGUUUUUUCAGCAGCUAAGUUCCUCUGUGUCUUGGAUUUAAGUGAGUGCUUUAUUAAGAAGUUACCUUAUUGUAUUGGUCAACUGAAGCAACUAAGGGUUCUGUAUGCUCCAGGGAUACAAGAUACAAUGAUUCCCAAUUGUAUCACCGAGCUCUCAGAAUUAAAUUAUCUCGACCUUAGAGGCUCUCAGAAAAUCUCAGCAUUGCCUGAUUCAAUUGGUGAUAUGAAAUCUCUGAUGCAUCUUGAUUUAUCAUAUUGUUAUGAGAUUUGUGAACUUCCAGUAUCCUUUGCGAAGCUGAAGCAGUUGGUGCAUCUUGAUUUAACAUAUUGCAGAAGAAUAUCUAUAUCAAAAUCUUUUGGUGGAUUUACCAAACUUCAAUAUUUGAGUUUAGCAGGACAAACGAAUAUAGACGUGAAUAGGAGAGAGCUAUCAGAGGUCAUUGAUAACCUAACAGAACUUAGGUAUCUAAAUCUAUCAGGAUCCAUAGACAGUAUGAUCACAUCAGAUAAAGUUCACAGCUUGCUUGCCUCUAUCAGCACACUUUCCGGUCUAGAGUAUCUGGACUUGUCUUAUAAUAGAGCGUGUAGCAGUAUACCAGAAAGUAUUUGCAACCUCAGGAAGCUUCAUGCAUUGGACCUAGCAGGCUGCAAAAAACUGAAGAAGCUUCCCGAUCGUAUGGACCAGAUGGUUAGUCUGAAGGUUCUAAAUUUAAAACAUGUUAGGUUGGAAGAAUUGGCGGUCUCUCACUUCAACUGUGCCUCUUUGCCACACUUUGUGGUGCAUGCUUCAGGUGAUAGAUGUUGCAGCAAUAUCAUCCGCCUUCAGCCUACAAAUCCUGUUGAGCUGUGGAUAGAUAGACUUGAAAAUGUGAAUUCUGUAGAAGAAGCACACGGUAUAAAACUAAUAGAGAAACAAAAAAUUGAAAAGUUGAGAUUUCAAUGGACUGUAGCGACUGGAAGGUUUGUGGAGGACAAGGAGGUGUUGAAAAUUCUAGUGCCACCAAGCAGUGCACAUAUAUUGACUAUAUCUGGUUACGGGAGUGUGAGCAUUCCUGAUUGGUUUAUGGAUCUUAGGCAAUAUCUCCCUAUUCUUUCUCAGUUAUAUUUGUGUAAUUUUCUGAAGUGCAAUAACCUACCACCACUUGGUGAACUACCAAACCUACGAUGGCUGGGUCUCUACUAUAUGAAGAGCUCGCAAGAGUGGAACAUGGGAUAUACCAGUGGUGAGGAAGGUGCAAGUGAGCCUAAGCUUGAGUGCUUGACCAUAGAGCACUGUGCCAAGCUGAGGAUAAAACCAUGUGUGCCUAGAGCUACGUCUUUGUUCAUACGUGGUUGUGACGCAAUGCUAUCAUCAUGGGGAGAGAGCCCUCCACACAACGCUACUUCCUGCUCUUCUCCAUUAACACAGCUGAGUGUUGAAGAUAGCAAGGUGCUCAUGCAUCAGUGGAGGUUGCUUCACCACCUCCCUUCCCUUAGUUGGUUAUCUAUCGUCAGUUGCAGUGAUCUGAAUCUGACCACCUCACCUGAGAUAAUCCAACGCCUCUCCUCCCUGGAAACAUUGUGCCUCGAAUCAUUGUCCCUCAACCAAGCAGAACUGCCAAGAUGGCUGGUUGAACUGACAUCUCUGCAGGAGCUAACUCUGCGUGAGUGUGCAAUCACGACACUACCGGAGUGGUUAGGAGAACUAACCUCUCUCAAGAAUCUGGAGAUUAAGCACUGCGAGGGCAUCAGGUCUUUUCCGGACAGCAUCAAACAACUGACCAAACUUGAAUAUCUGUGCGUUGAUGGUUGCCCUACAUUAGAGAAGUGGUUUGAGUCAGAGGAGAACAAGAUGAGGCUCGCUCACAUCAGAGACGUAGAGGUGUUCCCACCAUCAGAGUACUCACCAUACUCAGACGAACAAGAUGUAGCAGAUGACUCUUCUUCAGGGGUCGACAAUGCCGAGAGGGCUCUGCAUAUAUGGGUAUGCAGGAAGAGCAGCGAGUACCGCCGCCGCAGGCAGAUACUAGAUUGA